GCGAACAUGCGAUAUACGGAAGUGCAGUGGGUGUCUUCGAUUUCUUGGAAAAUGAGCAAAGGAGAACAUAACAAAAUUAAGUUUAUGUCUUUUUUUCAACAAAGUAACGAAGCACGUGUUAGCUGUAUUCUCCAUUCGCUUCCCUCGAACAGUCUGACAUGUUGCCAUUGAUUAUAAAAAAAAAAAUGGCCACAGAAGAAACAUGCGCGACUGCGAGAUCGAAGAGGAUGGCUUGAAACCCACUGUCCUGCUUUAUGACUUGUUCAGUAGGAGCCCUUCUCUUCGGUUUUUCCUUCACACUUGUGUGUGUAUUUUUGUAUUUUUUGACUCUGUAAUGAAAACACAUUUUGUGGUACAGCUGUACUGUUCAAAUGUUGUCCACCUGAUUUCCCUUUACCCUUGGGUUGUUUGAUCAUGCUUCGUAAAAGAGGCUGCUUAACUUUUUGUGGUGCCUUUUUAUUCGUCACUUGGAAUGCCAUACUGGUCCUUAUUCUUUGGGGGCGUGGUGCACCCUCUGGCCAGCUUCAUGGACAGGUGGGUGGAGAAGAUAAAGAGCUAAUUGGAGCCCCAGGUGAGGGGGGUUCGGAUGUAGCCGGAGAUGUAUUGCGAAUGGUUGAAAAUGUUGAAUCUGAGCUUGAAAUGCAAAGAAAGAUUCUUCUUCAGAUACAGAGUCAACAGUCACUGUGGGAGACACAGGAAGAGAAUGACCAGAAAGACAGUCCUCAUCAAGUUGUCAUUCCUAUAUUGGUUAUUGCGUGUAAUCGGGUCACCAUUAAACGCUGCCUUGACAAGCUCAUUGAAUACCGCCCCUCAGUUGAACUUUAUCCAAUUAUAGUCAGUCAAGACUGUGGACAUGCUGAGACUGCAGAGGUGAUUGAUUCUUAUGGAAGUCAAGUCACCCACCUGAAACAACCAGACAUGUCUGAUAUCUCUGUGAGGCCAGAACACAAGAAGUUUCAAGGCUACUACAAGAUAUCCAGACACUACCACUGGGCACUCAACCAAGUGUUCAAAGUUCUGUCCCAUUCCUCUGUGGUUAUUGUGGAGGAUGACUUGGAGGUGGCACCAGAUUUUUUUGAUUACUUCAGAGCCCUACACCCGAUGCUGAACUUAGACGUAUCACUGUGGUGUGUCUCUGCCUGGAAUGACAAUGGUCGAGACGGCUAUGUGGAUCCUGGAAAAGCAGACGUCCUGUACAGAACUGACUUCUUCCCUGGGUUGGGCUGGAUGCUGCUAAGGAAACUAUGGGUAGAGCUAGAGCCCAAGUGGCCCGCUGCAUUCUGGGAUGACUGGAUGCGCCAACCUGCACAGCGUAAAGGUCGAGCUUGCAUCCGCCCAGAAAUCUCCCGAACUUUAACCUUUGGUCGAAAGGGAGUGAGUCUGGGACAGUUUUAUGACAAGUACUUGCGUUACAUCAAAUUGAAUUCUAAACAUGUGCCUUUCACCAAACUGGACCUCGCUUACUUGGAGGAAAAUAAAUACAAAGAGCUAUUUGAGAAGGAGGUUUACAGUACACCUUUGGUGACCUAUGAAGAGAUCAAGCAAGGUCAUCUGACUGGAGCAGGUCCCUUUCGUCUGCAGUACUCAAGCAAGGACAGUUUCAAAGUAUUUGCCAAAGGUUUUGGCAUUAUGGAGGACCUUAAGUCAGGUGUACCACGAACAGGAUAUAGGGGUGUGGUCAGUUUCUUGUACAGGGGUAAGAGAAUCUUUUUGGCACCUCUUCCUGGAUGGAGCCACUAUGAUACAAGCUGGAGCUGAUAACCAAACUUAAUAGCAGGAAUGGAUGUAAAGAUUGUAAUUUCAAAUUGAGGAACCAAAAAGUAUGGUAGUAAAGGAGUGUAUAUGCGCACCAAUGAAUGCUUGAUAAGAUAAAUGAUGUACGUGCUGAGCGGUUAUCUGAUGUCCAUUUGUAAACUAUACUUACCCUUAAUUCUCAGGUUUUUCAUCUUUACAAUAUAGCUAUAUUUGUAUGGAUCUAAACAUCUAUAGAACAGCUAAAUGUGUAUUAAACAAACAUGUAUUUUUAUAUUGCCAAUCAUACAUUAAAUUUGA